AGUACACACAGACAGACAGACCAAGUAACAUGAUGGAGCCUCACAGGAAACCCUUUGCUGUCUUUGUUACUGCGGGUAAGCGUAAAAAGCUCUGUUUAUUUACCUUUGUUUUCUUUCACUUUCAUGAAACGAUUUUAAACUCCUAAAAUACAUUAAAAAAAUUAAAGAAUGACUAUAGGAUGGAAUAUGAAAAAUGAACCAAAAAAUGCAUACAUUUAAGUGUUUGGACUCCUGACAAUGCAUCACUCAAUUUGUUCAAUAGUGUACAAUCUCAUUUAGCAGAUGCUUUUGUCCAAAUCGAUGUACAUUUGAGAGCAAAUACACUAGAAAACAUCUAGAUAGAAGGAAACGACACAAAGCAGUGCCAAAAAACGCUUUAAAGACCAUUAGGCAAAGAGCUGUCAUGCAGUAUAUUAGGUAAUGCACUUUUUUAUAUAUUUAAUAUUUAACCAUCAUUUAUCCAUCAACCAAAGUGACUUACCAACCAAAUGAAGUCACAGUGGCACUGUCAUCAUCAUCACCAUCUUCAUCGUCAUUAUCAGGUGCAUCUUGUAGAGAAUCGUCAGUGUCUCAAAGUAGAACAUAUGUUUCAGUCAUUCUACCUCUGGAGACAGCAGAGGACAAGAGCUGAGCUUCAGUGCUUAGAUGCUCUCUGUGGAACGGAGUCUGAAGCUUUUUCUCAAAGGUGAAAAAGGAUGCUGUGGCUCUGAUAGAGUUUGGUAAUUCAUUCCACCACUGAGGGACAACAGAGGAGAUGAGUCAGGCUACUGACUGAAGGCUCUGUUGUGAUGGGAGCACCAGGUGCCUUUUAUCAACAGAGCUUAAUGGACAGGAGGGAAUGUAGAACUGUAUGAAGGACUGCAGGUAGGCAGGAGCUGGUUUAGUUGCAGGCAAGAAGUAGAUCUUUAUAUUUGUUGUCCUCGCUACUGGAAGUUGGUGGAAAAGGAUGCACUGCAGAGUGGUAUCUACUCUUUUGGGUCAGUUGAAGACUGCACGAACUGCUUUGUUCAGGGGCCUGUUCUACGAAGCAGGAUUACUGCUUAGCGAGGUAACUUCAAGGGUAAGUUCGGGGUUUCCUGUUCUACGACGCGGGUUCAUCUCUUAGUGAGGCAAGUCACCAUGGCAACGUAUGCUGAACGGCUAACCUGCUCCGAGGCAGGUUAGGUUCCAGAUUGAACACACGGAGUAUAAAAACCCCACCCACUGACCAAUGAGCUCUCUCCAAAAAUGACUGGUCUGUGCUUGGAGGGAUCCUAUAGACCUCAGUGCUUGCAUUGUCCAAGGAGCACUUCUAUGGCGUCAAUUUGGUGCCGAAAAUCCGCGCGCAUAAAAAAUAUAUCGGCACGCAUAAAAACACCUACCCGUGCGCUCGCCGUCACUACCUGCGCGCUCGCAGUGUCUGUACACACGCGUGCUGUUUCUCUCAGGGCCAAUCAGAGGCAAAGUAGGAUUGUUAAACCUCAGAACUGCCUCUUCUGUCACAAUACCAGUCUUUGCACAAACACAGCUGAAAUAAAUGCACAGGAGCUUACAGAAGCAUCUUUUUCAAAAACCUGAAUACAGCACAAUACAGAAAUGGAGUGCUGUAUACAGAGCUCAUAUGGCACUUUUUUUUUCAGGAUAGCAAAACUCAUGCAGAGAUUUCCACCGUGCAGCAAAAGGCAGGAGUGCUGAGGUAUUCUGAAAAUCUGAAAUGUCCGUCAGAAGGUUCUGUGCCCAAAACAACCUGAGGAGAAAAGGACAUGUAUCAGACACACAGCUGGGGGCGGUGUGUUACAAAUGGAUUCUUCACUUUUACCUUCUGCCCCUUUCUGUAGAUGAAGUCUAUGUUCUUAGACCAGUCCAACUUAUUGUCCAGAUGUACAUCCAGAUAUUGAUAUGAUGAGAACACUUUGAUGUCCACUCCACAGGUGUUCACUGGCUGAAGAGGGGGUUUGGAUCUACGGAAGUCUAUGACCAUCUCCUUUGUCUUUGAGGUGUUGAGGAGGAGGCAGUUUUUGUGACUCCAGUCACUGAAGGCUCUUAUCAGAUCUCUGUAUUCAGCUUCUUGUCCAUUUCUGAUACAUGCCACAAUAGCAAUGUCAACUGAGUAUUCCUGGAUGUGGCAGGACUCAGUACUGUAUUUGAAGUCUGACGUGUACAGUGUAAACAGGAAUGGCUCUGUCCCUUGUGGAGCCCCUGUACUGCUCAUUAACAUUCCUCUCCUACUUUGUCCAAUCGACGAGUGCCUCUUUCAACCACGUGAUGCUGCUCGGGAAGUUCGUGCGCUUUAGAGAUCACAGUGUGAAAGCAGAACCGAAACAAGUUGUUAAUGCAACAAUGUUGCGACUUUUAGCUCCCCAAACAAACCGAAUCCGCUUGGUCAGGUGUGAAAGUGACCUUUGUUACUGUGUGAUCUGUGCAUGAAGGCUGAUGCAGUUCCUAUUUUGCACCUUGCAGGAUGCAGCUGAGAAAAGGUGUUGCAUGCACAGUAUUGUUUUUCUGUGUAAAUAUAAAAGUGUACACUCAACUUCCUGUAGGGAUUAGCCUGAAGCUGUGGUUUUAAGGUGCAGAGGGGUUUUCACACUAACUAUUCGAGUGAAAACACGUGUUCUCAGAGUUAGAGGAAAAACACUUACAUCAUUAAGCCAUCAAGUGAAAACUAAAUUGGUUAUUUACUUAAAUGUUUUUUGUUUGUUUGUUUGUUUUUAACCUUUGGAGCUGCAUUAUCUGCAGUAAAAUGGGUAGUAAAAGUAAGAGUAAAAGAGAGGACAGAAAUAAUAUUCGUGGCAGACAAAAAUCAAAAAUAGAAGAACAGUGAUAUUCAUGUUUAAAAGCUGAAGGAGGAUAAAGAGGAUACUUCUCUUCAAACAUACUUUCCUGCUGAUACAUUAUCUCGUAUCAACAUGUCAGUAACCUUUUCGUACAGAUGAAACCCAGAGGAUCCCAUCAGCCGACCAAAAACACUUUGCAGACUUUCAUCACCUGACUGACAGACAGACAGACACAGACAGACAGACAGACAGACAGAUAGACAGGGCGUAAUGAGCAUGUUUUAGAAAAAGAAUCAAACAUCACAACUUGGGAGUGAUUUCACAUUCACAUUUAGAUGUUUGCCCUUGUUUUAGGUCAAAAGCACUUUGUCAACCCCCCCCCCAAAUUGAGUGAGAGUGGAGGUGUUGUCGUGGUAUUUCUGCAGGCAACAAGAGGCAGUCUUUUGUGGCCUUAACCAUAUUUUUUAAGAAGGAAACAACAACAUACACUGAUCUCUUGGCAACUUGUGCACUGAUGUUUUCAUCCCACAGUCAACAAACUUUCACUCAAAACAAGCUGUUCAGCCUUUAAAGGGGGGCAAUGUCAAACUCAUAACACCUUCACACAUAUUGGAGUAUUUGCAAGCUGAAGCUUUUUAAAGACCUCUGAUAAAUGAUAUUAUUGUCAUCCAUCACAGUCAACCAUAAAUAACUGAUGGACCACAGACCGGAUUGUUUGCUAAUCAUCUAAAGUUGUCAAAAGACAGCAUAUGAGAUGUUGAAACUGAAAAACAAUGUUGUUUGAUAAAAAAUCUUGGCUCAUUUAAAAUUUGCUGUGAGAAACUUGUUUCUAGGAGUAUUUACAGGUUCACAUUUUUCAUUGUGUGUCAUCAGUUCUUCUUUCACCAACCCUCUGUAGACCUCAGUGAACCCAGCAGACCAGGUUCUGGAGUCUGAAAGUGAAAUAUUGUCCCAUUCUGGCCUUAUAGAGGAUUUCAGCUGCUCAACAGUUCAGGGUCUCCUUUGUCCUGUUUUUGGUGUCACGAUGCUUCAAAUGUUUUUUAAAUGGGGGACAAGUCAGGACUGCAUCAGUUGAGUUUCUCAGAAGGACUCUUCUACUACGGAGCCAUGCUGUUGUAAUCCCUGUUGUCAGAAUGUGGUUUGUCAUUAUCUUGCCUGAAUAAGUCAUUGUCAGCAUCAAUGGAGCCUUCAUAGAUGUGGAAGCUACCCACCACAUGGAUUUUAAUGAUGCCCAGGCCAUCAGGGGUGCUGGAUAUGAACUGGGAGCUUAGAACAAACUGGGUGAUCCCUCUACUCUCUGGAGAGGAAGAUGCAGAGUCCAUUAUUUAAAAAAAAUAAUAAAAAUCAGACGUUAAUUCAUCAGCCCAUAGGACAGUUUCCCUCCUCCCCUCAACUCAUCUUGAAUUGGCUCAGGUCUAGAGUCUCUGGUGUUUAUGGAUCAUGUUUACACUGUAUAUGAUAACCUUUGAGCCCACUCCAGAGUCCUGUCUGUUUUUUAAUGUAGUGCUGCCUAAGGGCCUGAUGAUCAGGACCAUCCAGUCUUGGUUUUGGUCCUUGUCCCUUUACAACAGAGAUUUCUCCAGAUCCUCUGAAUCUUUGAAUGGUAUUAUGUACUGUAAAUGAUGAAAUCCACUCAUUCUUUUACAUUUGACUCUCAGGAACAUCAUUCUGAAACCAUUCAACUAUUAGCUCCCUUAGUCUCUCAUAGAGUGGUAAACAUCUUCCCAUCUUUCCUUCUGACAGACCCAGCCUCUCUGAAUUUCCUUCUCAUAUGCAGCCAUGUGACUAACCUGUUGGAAAUUAAAUGCAGGAUUAAAAUGAUGAUUUGUUUUUGUUAGAAUUCAUAGUGUCCCACUCUAUUUGAGGAUGUAGUUUGACAUCUCACAGCCUCCUUUCUGUCUUUAGUCCUGCUGUGCUGCGUGAGCUCAGAUGAAGAAUGGGAGGCAGUGGGAGCCAAAAAAGGAGACUCUGUCACUCUGACCACCAAAGACGACGGGUGUGACAGGGGUGCUCAGGUGGUCUGGAUGUUUGGACCACAGAGCCCUAACACGAGGAUAGCCAGAGUAAAGGAUGGCGAACAGAGGACAAAUUUCAGUGACCAUUUUAAAGACAGACUGCAGCUGGACCGUCAAUCCGGAUCUCUGAGGAUCUCUGGGCUCACAUUCAAUGACUCUGGGAUCUACAUGUGCCGCUCCAUCAGCUCCAAAAUCUACACCCAGCGAUUCAACUUGAGUGUCUAUGGUAAGUCCUCCUGAUGGAUUUAUCAUGUAUAAUAAAUGCUGCUCAGCUACAAUGUGGUCUGAAACUAUGACUCAGAAGUAGAAGACAGUUUCAGGGUUUAUAUAAAGGGUUUAUCUGGAUAACUUUGGAGAAUACCUUUGAGAAGGUCUUUGUACACUGCGAUGGAGAAUGAGAUUUCAUGUUGUGUCAUUCUUGUUUGCGCGGCUGCAACUUUUGUCUGGAAUUUUAAUUGGAAAACAUGGUUGUAUUAUGGGCUCUCAUGUUUGCUCUGAGUGGAUUCCUGCAGAUCCAAGGGUCUAUGUGCAUGUUGGUCCACUGUACAAAACGUUCAUUUCACAAUAACGGCCCUGGAAUUGUGACAUGGGUACAUUUCAUCUGCCCAGUCUUUUCUGCAGGCAGACUUCAGCUUACGUGACUGCUGUGUUUCUCCCUGAGUUAACAAAAAACAUGGGGGACAUUCCCUCUGUUUUCGGUGGAAAUUGCUAUAUUUUAAGGUAGCUUGUGACUUAAGCGUAGUUUUGAAAACUUUUCUAGUGACAAAUGUACACUUCGUUUUCAUAGUAUUCAUUCACUUUAUCUUAAAGAUCCCUCGUUUUUUCAUUACAACAUACUUUCUCUCAGUUCUCUCAACAAAAUUGUAGCAAUGGUACAUUGUUGCUACGGUGGUAGAAGAAGGAGGUUGAUGUGCGUCACAGACCAAGUUGAUAUUAAAACAUUUGUCAAACAUACAUUUGACCACAAAUACGUUUCUAUGCAUUAAAUAAUGACUUGUGUUUGAUUUUUGAAGCAUAAAUAAAUAUUUAAAAAUUAAUGAAACAGGUUAAAGCAUUUUAGCCACAAUACAAACUAUAAAAUGGGACAAUAUUUGUUUUAUAAUUUACACAAUGCUCUUAACACAAUUUGCGAUAUAUGUAAUUUUAUUUAAUUAGAUAAACCUAACAAAUAAAUACCAUCUUUUUUUCUUUUUUUUUUUUUUUUUACCAUUUUUUGAUUAGAUCACAAAAACUUAGGGCCCUUUCUGAUACAUGUCAGCUUGACCUACAAUCCCCAAAUUUCUAGCAGUUGUGGAUAACAUCAGACCCUGUCACAUUAAACAACUCAAUUUAUGAAUUUCAAACUCCUUCAAACUUCACAUGUAGUUGCGUUCACCUACAUAAUGACGUUUCUGUGGUUUGCAUUCAGAUGUGUGUUUCCUGCUUAUCUCAGUACAGGAAGGGUGCACUAUGCUGAACACUUUUUGGAAGGUUUCUGUCAUGAAUACCCAAUAUUAUCGCAAAUUUGAUGAUGACCAGAUGAGGCCUGUAGAUCUUAUUAAAUAUUAAGUGUUAUGACUAUGAAACUACUUAAAAAAAUAAAAAAAUAAAAAAAAUAAAUAAAAUAUAUAUAUAUAUAUAUAUAUAUAUAUAUAUAUAUGUAUAUAUACAUAUACAUAUAUAUAUAUAUAUAAAUAUAUACCUAGCUAUAUAUAUAUAUACCUGGCUAUAUAUAUGUUUAUAAAUAUAAUCGUAUGUCAGUAAAUGAUAGAAUACGAUAUGAUAAGAUAAACCUUUCUUCAUUCCACAGUGAAGAAAUUUGCAGUGUUAUAGCAGCAAAAGCUCAGCACAGCAAACAUGAGAAUAAAUACACUAAUCAUGCACACAGAGCACAGAUAAGUAUAUUAAAAGUUUACCUAGACCAGGGGUCGGCAACCCGCGGCUCUGGAGCCGCAUGCGGCUCUUUCUUCCCUAAGCUGCGGCUCCCAAUGGAUUUGGAAAAUAAAUAAUAAAUACUUAAUUGCAUUUUAUUUUAUUUUAUUAUUAUUUUUUUUUUUUGUAACUCUAAAUUCAAAGAUUAUAAUGCUCUUGUAACAUUAAAUAAACUAUUAAGGCUGCAACAACGAAUCGAUUAAGUAGAUUCGUCGUGACGAAAAAAUCCGUUGCCAACAAAUUCUGUAAUCGAUUCGUCGGGUCUUUAUAUGUCCAUGGACACCGACGUGUAAACAUCAGCAGGACGCACAGAAAAGAAACAGCCAUGGCCGAGGCAGCGGCUGAGAAAAACAUGGACACAACCCAACCCAAAUCCCGACCUGAAACAUCAGUGGUGUGGGAAAACUUCACCAAGACUGAAAAGGAAGGCGUUCAGUGCAACAUUUCCAAAGACCGCUUUGCAUGGCUCGGGAGUACAUCGAUGAUGCGUGAGCACAGGGCUCUCAAGUCUCACGCAUUCAGCGUAUGACACACGCAUUCCCACUCGUUCACACGCUCACACACCACACAUUGUAUUUCUCACGCAUUUAAAUGAACACGGUGAUGUCCACCAAGUUGCACUUCUUCAACUAUGGAACAGGGGGAAAUCAACUGAGUUCCUCCGAGAGUUCAGAAGCUGCGUGCCACGCACAAGCCAAUCAAAUAAAGUAUAUCUACUGAACAGCCAAUCAAAAAGCAGCAUUGCUGUAUCCGGGUAGAUUUUGAUAUCUCGCGGUUUAACUACAGAAGAAGACAGACACUCGCCGAAAUAGUUCAUUUAUUUCAUAAAUGCAACUCGCUGCAGUUUUUUAUAUACUUUGUAUAAAGGUAAAAAAAAAAGAUAUAUGCAAUGUUAUCUUCAUUUUAGAUGUCAAAGAGGUUUUGUGGCUCCCUGUGUUUUCUUUUCUGUGGGAAACUGGUCCAAGUGGCUCUUUGAGUGUUUAAGGUUGCCGACCCCUGACCUAGACACAUACAGAAAAUGUCAUAUACAAAAAAAGAAAAAAAUGUAAUCAACAGCAACAACAAAAAAACUGAAAAUGAGACUCUUGAUGGGCUGAAAUAGCAGGCCAUGUCCUGUUCAUUGACACUUGCUAUAAAACUGAGUUUUAAGGGGGUCUUAAAUUUGUGAAAAUGUUCCAAAAGACCAGGGGUCACUUUUUUGUUUAUGCUGUUAGUCUUAAAACAAGAUCGCUGCCAGACACUCCUACAAAGGAGCUCCAUAGAGCUAUCUUAACCUUUUGAGGUCCAGUUGAGAUAUGCAGCCUGUUUGCCCCUUUGAUCCUGUUGCUCUUUUGCUCUCAUUUGGCCUCUACCGUGGAUACAGACGUGAAACUUGAACUGAGGCCUCUGAAAGUUAUAAAAUUAUAAUCUAUAUGAAUCAUCUAAUAAGCCUUUUUCGGAACAGGAAUUAGCUUCAGGAAGGAGGCGGGGCUUCCAAAUUUGAAAUAUUAGUUUCUGGCAGAGGUCUGAAAACAUCCCAGAAAUUUCAUCUUGUUUGGAGCAAAUUUGACCACUUUCUGAUGCUUAAUUUACUUAAUGUCUUAAUUGGACAUUGCCAUGCCUUUCACGGGCAGCAGAAAGGAUUUAGGGAGGUCAAACCACCACAGAUGAGAUCCUUAGGGAGGGCAGAACAACAUACUAAAAUUUCAACUUCCUAUAUAAAAGGAAAAUAUUUAACCCCCCUGUGAAACUGGAGAAAGUCAGGGUCUGUGACAUGUUUGGCUUCAUAAAAUCUCACAGUGAAAGAAAUGUUCCACUUAAAGCAAAUCUUUGUAAUGAAUAAAGAAAUAAAACAAGUCAAUGUGUGUGAGGUUUCCUAUCUGUUCUCGCUAUAUAUGGGGGCUUAGACUGCGAGGCCAUUAGCAUCCACAUCUGGGGGGUUUUCACUGUGAAAUGUGCCAUUGAAAAGUGCAGUGAGGUUGGUUAUUUUCCAUCACAGCAGGAUGAUGAAGGGCUGCAGGAACUUUCCUCAUCUCUGGUUGUAAAAGAAUUGUAUCUGAACCAUACAGGAUCAAAUUUUAACCUCAAUAUGGUGGUCUCAUAAAGGUAUUGUCUUCUGUCACCUGUCUCCUCCAGCUCCCGUCUGUGCCCCGUCCAUCAAAAUUAACUCAUCAGAGGUGAGCACAAGUUGUAGCUCUCUGUUGGUGGAGUGCAGUGUGCAGAACAGCAGGGAGCUCAGGCUGUCCUGGUUCAGAGGCAGGGACAGACUGAGGGAGACCAGCGGUCCUGACAUGUCCUCAAGGCUGAUUCUGUCUCUGAGUGUAGAGUCCAGCAAUGGAGACGAGUACAGCUGUGUGGCUGAAAACCCUGUGGAUCAGAGGAGUAGCAGACUCCUCAUGGAGGACACGUGUUUAAACCACGGAGGUAUGAUGAAGCAUGGGGACACAGCACUUGUCCUCCUUCUCCUCUCUAUCUCUGUCCUGUGAUUGAAACUGAGAAUGUUUUUGUGUAUCUUUCUCUGUUGGAUGGUACAUCAUGUCUGAAUAAAUUCUGUGAUUUAAUCUGAGUUCCCUGGUUUUUGAAGCAGUUGGUGGUUCAUCUACGCCUGAACCUUGAGGUUCAAGAUCAGGUAGAUUCUCUGUAAAGUUUCCGGCACUGCUCUCUCUUUCUCUUUCUCCCUGUCUCUCUCUCACCCCCUUAGAGAUGCUCAGCUGGUGUCACACUGAAGCCACAGUCCGGCUGGUGCUCUCUGCUGUACUUGGUUUGUCCUUAAUGGGCCUGGUGGCGGACCACAUCAGAUUCAGUCGACAACGCCGACCAAGAAGCUGAGAGCUGCCAUGCCAAACAGAGGAGGAAACCCAAACAAUCAGUUCAAAAUAAAAUGCAUGUUUUGAAAAUAAAAUUAAUUCAAACUAUUAGAUCAUGUUGAAGUAGACAAAACACAACUGUAACACAUCGAGAAAAUAAAAAGAACAAGUACAUACAUCUCUCACAUAACAGCUUAACCCUAUAACACUAUCGCUGGGUGAUUUUCAUCCGACCAAACAUGUUUAUGUGAUUUUCAUGGGUCCCUGGGUAGCUUCAGCAUUGCCUUUGACAUCUUUGAAAGCAUAUUUGUUUCCCUGAUCCAAAACCUGCUUUUUCCUACAGGCAUGUGCUUGGGUGAUUUUCACCCGGCAAUAGUGAUAGAGGGUAAAGUAAGUUUGGGUGGAUUUGAUAGCUGCAUGUAGGGAAUAAGGUCAGUAAGAGUGGUCCUGGAAUUUGCAUGCUAUCUUUAUUUAGCGCAGUGGUUAUGAAUAAAAAACUAUGAAAAUGUAGUGAUUUUAAAGGGAAUUUAUAUGGUUAUUGUGCCAAGAACCCUGAGUCUUCACCAGAGAAGACUCACAUGCUCAAGGAAUGGGUGGAAAAUGUAUAUUAGGAAUAUUUUGUUCAUGAAUGCCUAAUUUCAGUUAUUUUGUUACAUUUUUAUAUUAUCCCCUCGGGGUACCGUUUUUCCUCCCUUUGGACAUUGCACAGUUAAAAAUAGAAGAAAAAUACUUUAAUUUGUCAUGUUUUGUCCUAUUUUGAUUUUUUUUUUUUUUUUUUUGGGGGGGGGGGGGGUUCAAAUAACUGACAUAUUUUUUGCUGAGUUGUCUGAUAGUUUCUCAAUGUCUUAAAUAAUGAUGUUGAAGAAUAACUGCAAUUAUGUUGUUAUUCCGUAUAAGUCCAUAUUCUACCUGUCUACAGAUUUGUUUAUGCUAAACCAGCAAUUCCUAGAGUGUGAUUAGGUGGUAGGUGUCAAUUAUACCAUAUGUGACCUGACAGAUUUUCUAUGCCUACCAUAAACACUGGUCUGAUCAUUACUACAUCAGCUUUGUCUAUCUGUUCCCAGCUCUGUAUUUUGACUUUGCUGUGCCUCAUGAAACCAUUAUUAAACAUUUCCAUAAGAAUCUCA